GAAAAAAAUUAAAUAAGGAAGAAGAAACAGAGAGGAAAAAGAGAGCAAGAAAGAACAGCUCCAAUUGCGCUCAUAUUAUUGUUUUGUUGUUAAAUGUAACGAUCUCUCUCUCUUCCCUCCCCUCUCUCUCUCUCUCUGUCAAUUGCGUUUCUUCGUUUCAACAAUGGAAUUUCUGCAGAACGCUGGGAUCCGCGUUUCUCGAUCGCAGCAGCAGCAAUAUCUUCACCAAAUUCUCCUCCAUAUGCUCUAACAACCUCUCUUCCGCCAUAGCCAGCCACCAUUACUUCUCUUCCCCUUCCAUUCCUUUCCACCGCCCUUCAGCAAUCGCUGCUGAAGCUAUACGCUCGUUCCUGAUUCCUUCCCGCUUCUCUCGCCGCUGCGCCGUCUGCCGGAUUCCAAAACCCUCAGGUCCGGCUCCGGUUUGAGGAGCAUUCUCCUCCAGAUUCGGCAUCGGUUCUCUUGGAGAGAAACAAUUGAGAUUGGCGGUCGUCGAGGAUUUUCGUCGUUGUUUUGUUCUUCGGAGUUUCUGAAAUGUCAACCACGAGGGAGCAUCACACGGUGCCGCUCUCGGUGCUUCUAAAGCGGGAAUUGGCUACCGAGAAGGUAGAGAAGCCUGAGCUUGUCCAUGGACAGGCCAACCAGAGCAAGAAAGGGGAAGAUUUCACGUUCGUCAAAACUGAAUGCCAGAGGAUCCUUGGCGAUGGCGUUACUACUUACUCAGUUUUUGGGUUAUUUGAUGGUCACAAUGGCUGUGCAGCAGCGAUUUACACUAAGGAGAAUCUUCUAAACAACGUUAUAUCCGCUAUUCCUCAAGACCUUAACCGAGAGGAAUGGCUAGCGGCACUUCCCAGGGCAUUGGUUGCAGGAUUUGUCAAAACAGAUAAAGAUUUUCAAGUUCGAGGUAUGAAUAUGCUGAAUCCUGUUGUCCGAUUGACGUUUAAAGCCUGUCACUCUAUCCUAUUUAGGACUGAAAUGCAAUUUUCGCUGAUAAAUUUUUUGGUCUCCCACUUUUCAGGACAACCAUCUGGUACUACUGUCACAUUUGUGAUUAUUGAAGGAUGGGUUGUAACUGUAGCAUCGGUCGGAGAUUCGCGUUGUAUACUUGAAUCUGCUGAAGGUGAUCUCUACUACUUGUCAGCAGAUCACAGGCUUGAUUGCAAUGAAGAGGAGAGGAAUCGUAUUACAGCAAGUGGUGGUGAGGUUGGGCGCCUGAAUACUGGUGGUGGUGCAGAGAUUGGCCCGUUGAGAUGUUGGCCUGGUGGCUUGUGUCUGUCACGGUCCAUUGGAGAUCUGGACGUUGGCGAGUAUAUUGUUCCUGUUCCUUACGUGAAGCAAGUCAAGUUGUCUACUGGUGGUGGUAGGCUUAUCAUCGCAAGUGAUGGAGUUUGGGAUGCUGUGUCUGCCGAAACGGCUCUUGACUGUUGCCGUGGAAUGCCCCCAGAUGCUGCAGCAUCACAAAUCGUUAAAGAAGCCGUGCAUCCUAAGGGUAUCAGAGAUGACACUACCUGCAUUGUUGUUGACAUGCUUCCAGUGGAGAAGCCAGCCGUCCCUCACCCAGUGCCUAGGAAACAACAAGUCAAAGGAGUGUUGAGAUCUAUGUUCAGAAAGAAGUCUUCUGAAUCAUCUUCUCAUCCCGACAAAGGAUACGUUGAGCCGGAUGUCGUUGAGGAGAUGUUCGAGGAAGGCUCUGCUAUGCUUUCAGAAAGGUUAGACACAAAGUACCCGCUGUGCAACAUGUUCAAGUUGUUCAUGUGUGCGGUGUGUCAGGUAGAGAUUAGACCUGAUGAAGGAGUAUCGAUACAUGCCGGGUCAGGUAACAUGAGAAGGCUACGUCCCUGGGAUGGCCCUUUCCUUUGUGUCAGUUGCCAAGAGAAGAAAGAAGCAAUGGAAGGGAAAAGAUCAUCUGGAGAUAGACACAGUAGCGAAAGUGACUGAGCGAGCCAGUCAGGCUCCUUCAACUAUAGACGACGAUGAUGAUGCAUCUCAGCGAGCACUAACAAUUGUUUCAGAAGUUUAAUGUAAAUGGAAAAAGACAACUUAUCUUGGGACGUUACUUCAAUUAAAAUCCGACGGCAGAAUCUUUUGGAACCCCAUGCUUUGCUCUGAAGACAAGGACGAUGAAAGAAGAUGAGAAGAACUUGUUAUAGCUGCUGCUGCUGCUGCUUACCAGUGACAUACGUAUGUUUAUCUAACUUGAAGACUUGAUGGUUGAUCCUCUUAGUUUGUGCUCGCCCUCCCUCCAAGACUCCGAACGAAAAGUUUGAUCGUGCCAAAUGCUUAGCAGCAGCAGGGAUGCAUCAAAGAGCGGUCAGUCGUCGUUUUUCCCCUUCUCCGAUCAUUAUUUUCAUUAUUUCUUUCUUUUUUCUACUUUCUUCUGUACUUGAAUCCACAAUAUUCUUCUCCAAAAGUCACAAAGCUAACAUCGGAACAACAACGGUAGCAGCAAUGUCCAAAUAUUAAUAAUUUCUUAGGCACUUAAUGACAACAAGUCUUCUUCUUCGUCCACAUUAGACGGUAAGAGAGAGAGAGAGAGAGAGAGAGAGAGACAAUUGGCAAUGGAGGAAUGAGAGAAACAAUGUGUAGCUGUGAUCUUGUUACAAGAGCGGAACGAAUUCCUUGAUGUAGUUGUAGCUGUAAUGAAUCUUGUUCCAUAUAUGUCCAUAGAAAGAUACUUGCUCAGUUAAAUUCUUUUAUAUAUUAUUUCUAAAAUAGCAAGGUCAAUAAGCAUUAAUGAAUAUUGUAUUUGCUUUAACAUGAUCGUACUUCAAGAUAACGGUUAAUUUUGAGGGUCGUGAGGAUUUGAAC